UUCUUCUUCACUUUCUUGGCACCAUUGUUAUCACUAACAAAAGCUGAUGAACCAGUUGGAUAUGGUUACAAUGUUCAAUCAAUAAGCGUUGACUCAUCUGGUAGAACGUUGACUGCUAGUCUUCAACUCAUAAAAAAUUCAUCUGUUUAUGGACCUGACAUUCAAAAUCUCAUCCUUACUGCAUGCUUCGAGACAAAAGAUCGUUUAAGAGUCAGAAUUACGGAUGCAGAUCAUGAAAGAUGGGAAGUUCCUCAAGCAUUCAUCCCCCGCGAAACUCAUUCACCCCACCACACCUCCCUCUUGGAAAAACAUUCUUUUUCGUCACUUCCAUUAUCCGAAGACACACAUAAUUACUUCCAUACAAAUGCCAUUUCGGACCUUAGUUUCAUUCUCUACGACACUACCCCUUUUGGCUUUACCAUCACGCGUCGUUCCACAGGUGACAUUCUUUUUGACACCUCACCUAAAAAUGACUCUCCGGACACAUUCCUUAUCUUCAAGGACCAGUACCUUCAACUGUCCUCUUCAUUGCCAGCCAACAGGUCAUCUAUCUACAGGCUCGGAGAGCAAACCAAAAGAACAUUUAAGCUCAAGCAUAAUCAGACAUUGACUCUUUGGAAUGCUGAUAUUGCUAGUUCCAAUGUUGAUGUCAACUUGUACGGCUCCCGCCCUUUUUACAUGGACGUCAGGUCUCAUCCUGGCGCAGGGACUAGUCACGGUGGGGUCUUGUUAUUCAAUAGCAAUGGCAUAGAUAUUGUAUAUGCUGGUGAUAGAAUUACUUACAAAGUGAUUGGAGGGGUCAUUGACUUGUACUUCUUUGCUGGUCCAGCGCCAGAGUCGGUCAUGGAACAGUAUACAGAGCUCAUUGGCUGCCCAACGCCCAUGCCAUACUGGUCUUUUGGAUUUCACCAAUGCCGUUAUGGUUAUAAAAAUCUUACUGAAGUUAAGAAUGUGGUUGCUGGCUAUGCAAAAGCUCAAAUCCCUCUUGAGGUCGCGUGGACGGAUAUUGAUUAUAUGGAUGGCUAUAAGCAUUUUACAGUUGAUCCUGUUGAUUUCCCACUUGACCAGAUGCAGAAAUUUGUCGAUGCACUUCAUCACACUGGCCAGAAAUUUGUUCUCAUAUUGGAUCUAGGGAUCAGCAUAAAUAGCUCAUAUGAGACAUAUAAGAGAGGGAUGCAAGCGGACGUUUACAUCAAACGCAAUGGUGUCCCUUAUCUUGGUGAAGUUUGGCCUGGAAAAGUCUACUUUCCCGAUUUCAUAAAUCCCCGAUGCGAUGUUUUCUGGAGUAAUGAAAUCAAAAUUUUCCAUGACCUUCUCCCCAUCGAUGGGAUCUGGAAUGACAUGAACGAGGCAUCCAACUUCAUUACGUCACCUCCAACCCCCUCUUCUACCGUUGACAACCCUCCUUAUAAGAUCAAUAACUCUGGAACCUUACAUCCAAUAAACGUGAAAACUAUCCCAGCAACAUCAGUACAUUUCGGGAACGCCUUAGAGUACAAUGCUCGUAACCUCUAUGGAUUCCUCGAAGCUAAAACGACCAAUGCUGCUUUAAUCAACAUUACUGGUAAAAGGCCGUUUAUACUUAGCAGGUCUACUUUUGUGGGUGCCGGCAAGUACACAGCACAUUGGACCGGAGACAAUGCAGCCACUUGGGAUGACUUGGCUUAUAGUAUUCCCGGCAUUUUAAAUUCUGGAUUGUUUGGGAUGCCUAUGAUUGGAGCUGAUAUAUGUGGCUUUCUUAAAAAUACCACUGAAGAAUUAUGCCACCGUUGGAUUCAGGACCGCAAUAUUGGUGAGCUUAAGGUGACAGAGCAAUGUAUGGUUUCAUUCGUCAUUGGAAAGUAUUUCGAUAAUGUUCUUUGUGAUGUAAUUCCAAUGCAAGAUUGUCAUAUCAUGCUUGGACGUCCAUGGUUGUUUAAUAGGACCGCAAUUCAUGACAGGAGAAGGAAUAAAGUUUCUCUUGAGCUAAAUAGAAGAAAAUAUAUACUUUCACCUUUAACUCCAUCCCAAGUUUAUGAUGAUAAAAAAUGUGUGAGGAAAGCAAUGAAAAACUUUGAGAGAGAAAAGAAUGAGAGAAGUAAGCGAGUGCAUGUUGACAUCUCAAGAGAGGAAAAAGGAGAGGUUGUGUUGUGUGAAGAGAAUGAGAUGUCAAGUGAGAAAAAAAGUGAGCUUGAGAGAAAAGAAAAGAGAGAUGACCAUGAAAUAGAAAAGGAGAGGGAUAGACAUGAGAUUCAGAAAGACAAGCAAGAGAGUUUGAGUGAGGUUAUUUCUUAUUCUAACUCUAAUAUUCUUAUUUCUUCUAGUUGUUUUUGUGUACGGGGAAAACCGGACAUAACGUAA